AUGCCCCACAAUGGCGAAUCCAAAAACGGGCCGCCGGCGUCAGAUUCUCUGAGGUCACAAGUUGGGCCCUUGAAGGAUGACGUGGGGGACAACCAAGGAGACCUUGACAUCAUUAAAUCUCCAAAUGAUACCAAACAGUACAGGUACAUAGUGCUGGACAAUGGGUUGCGCGUUCUGCUCAUCUCAGACUGGGAGGCGUUGAAGAGAGGAUAUACAGCGAUGCAGCCGUCAGCUGCCAUGUGUGUCGGAGUGGGCACCUUCAGUGAUCCCACUGACCUCCCCGGCCUUGCCCACUUUCUGGAACACAUGGUGUUCUUGGGCAACGAGAAGUACCCCUCGACAAACGACUUAGAUGCCUUCCUCAAGAAGCAUGGUGGCAGCAGCUACGCCUUCACCGAGCGCGAGAUGACCAUCUUCGUGUUUCACGUGAAGAAGAAAUGCUUCAAAGAGGCUCUCGACAGGUGGGCUCAGUUUUUCAUCUGCCCCCUGCUGGUCCAAGAAACUAUAGACAGGGAGGUGGAGGUCCUUGACAGCGAGUAUCAGCAGAAAAAGCCUUACGACUCAAAUAGGAAACACAUGCUGUUGGCCAGUCUGGCCAAACCAGGAUACCCCAUCGGCAAGUUCAGUUGGGGGAACGCACAGACUCUGAAGCACGAUCCCAACAAGAAGAAAAUCAACGUCUACAAUCGACUGCGAGCCUUCUGGAAGAGGCACUACUCUGCACAUUACAUGACGCUGGCUGUCCAGUCCAAUGAGAAACUGGACACGCUGGAGAAAUGGGUGCGUGAAAUCUUCAGCAAGGUGCCCAACAAUGGCCUACCAAAGCCAGACUUCUCUGACAUGCUUGAUCCAUUUGACACGCCCUCUUUCAACAAGCUAUACAGAGUUGUCCCUGUCCAGAAUGUGCAUUCGUUGAAUAUCACCUGGGCACUCCCCCGUCAAGAGAAGCACUACAGAGUGAAGCCUCUUUACUACAUAUCAUGGCUGAUUAACAGCAAAGGCCCAGGGAGCAUCCUGUCGGUACUCAAGAGGAAGUGCUGGGCUCUCAAUCUGCAGGGACACAACAACGAAAGUGGCUCUAAUCAGAACACUACCUACUCCAUCUUCUGUAUCGUCAUCACGCUCACCACUGAAGGUUUCAAAAACUUCUACCAGGUGAGCAACAUUGUAUUCCAGUAUCUUAAGAUGCUGCAGAUCCACGGACCUGACAAAAGCAUAUAUGAAGAGAUUCAGAUGAUAGAGGAAUACAAGUUUGCCGUUCUGGACGAGCACUUCGAGAAGACCUGCGUCAAAAUGCAGCUAUACCCUAAAGAGGACUUGUUGACAGGAAACCGGCUGAUGUUUGACUUUAGUCAUGAGGUGAUUGGUGCAGCACUGUCCCUGCUCACCCCCGAGAAAGCCAACCUGAUGCUGUUGUCACCAGAACACGAGGGCCGCUGUCCCCUCAGGGAGAAGUGGUUUGGAGCACAAUACAGCGUGGAAGAUAUCCAGCCAGAGUGGAUGAGGCACUGGAUGGGGAAUUCGGAGCUGAACAACGAGAUUUUCCUUCCUGCGAAGAACACUUUAUUUGCAAAUGAAUUCACACUGAAGCCUUCAGACUGCCCUGACAGCGAAUUCCCUGUGCGCAUGGCAGACAGUGAAAGAGGCUGUCUCUGGUACAAGAAGGAUACAACAUUCAUAGCAGUCAUAGAUUACAUCAUUUUUCACCUCAUCUCCCCUAUAAUCCAGCAGUCUGCUAAGAGUGCAGUGCUGCUUGACCUACUGGUCAACAUCCUGAACCACAAUCUGGCCGAGCCCUCCUACGAGGCCAAGGUCGCCCUGCUGGAGUAUAGCAUAGUGGCAGGAAUGCAUGGGGUGGUGAUCACAGUCUCAGGAUAUCAAGAUAAACUGCCAAUGCUGUUCCGCAUGAUCAUUGACCACUUGGCAGACUUCAAGGCCCCCCCGGAGGUCUUCGGCAUGAUCGCAGAGCAGUUGAAGAAAACCUACUUCAACUACCUCAUCCGUCCCGCCAACCUCAGCGAGGACGUGCGCUUGGUUAUCCUGCAGCAAGGCCGUUGGUCCGUGGUGGAGAAGUACCAGGUGCUGGCGGGCGGCCUCAGCGCCGGCGAGCUGAUGGACUUCGGCCGCCAAUUGAAGGCAGAAAUGUACGCCGAGGGUCUGGUGCAAGGCAACUUCAGCAGUAACGAAUCACGAGGCUUUCUGCAGUACGUGAUUGAUAAGCUGCAGUUCUCCAAGCUGCAGGCCGAGGUGCCGGUCAUGUUUCCUGUGGUGGAGCUGCCUAGGAAGCAUCAUGUCUGCAAAGUCAAGUCUUUUAACAAGGGAGACGCCAACUCUGAGGUCACCGUCUACUAUCAGUCUGGAUCCAAAGACUUGAAAGUGUACGUGCUGGUGGAACUCUUAGUGAUGUUCAUGAAAGAGCCUUGCCAUCACUUUCUUCGCACCAAAGAGACACUCGGAUACACUGUCUACCCAACCUUGAGAAACACUUCGGGUGUUGUGGGUUUUUCCAUUACCGUGCGGACGCAGGCUACCAAGUUCAGCACAGAGCAGGUGGAGUUAAAAAUUGAAGAGUUCCUUAACUGGUUUGGAGAGAUGCUCAGCGCCAUGACUCAGGAGGCCUUCAACACUCAGGUGAACACUUUGUUGAAGCAGAAGGAGUCUUGGGACUCAUACCUAAGUGAUGAAGUGUACAGAAACUGGUCCAAAGUGGUCACAAAGCAAUACAUGUUUGAUAGACGCAACAAAGAGGCAGAGGCCUUGAAGAAGAUAACUCAAGGCGAGUUGCUCUCCUGGUACUACGACCAACGAGGACCCAACAGUCGCAAACUCAGCGUGCACGUAGUGGGCUUCGGCGUCGAGGAGGGCGACCACCCAAACGACGAAACCCCUGGCGAGGUUUCCGGAGGCUCAGUUUAUGGCGAUGUAUCCCGACUGACCUUCUUGGCGCCCUCGCCCAAGAUGUCAGGCGCCACACCAAUCAUGAACAUCAAUGCUUUCAUUGCCGGGCUCCCUCUUUUACCCUAG